UGAGUGAACACUGAACAAAGCCAAUCCCAGAUAAGAAUUUUAUGACACCGCCUAUAUAAACCGCAAUGUGAUAGACAGAUUCCAAAUGAAUCAAAGAAUCAAGAACUGAUCUGAAUGCUAUGCAGCUAUAAGACUUACAGAUUAUAUACCUGCACAAGAGAAUGAGGAUUAAUCAGUCAUCAGUCUCCAAGAUGCUGCUGUUUGCCAUCUGUAUGCUGGUAUUAAGCUCUACACAUGCACAAGUUGCUGUGUUCAGUUUCCAACAAGGAACGUACUCCACAAACGAGUCGGAUUCCGAAGCGUUUGUUGUUCAAGUGUCGUUGGAGUAUGGUGUCCUCAACAGAACUGUUGAAUUGCAGCUGUUAAGUCGGAGUGGAUCUGCAAUAGAGAAUCUAGACUACAUUGGUAUCAACCAGACAGUCGUGUUCAGUCCCGAUGGUCCCUCUUCGGUUCCGGUAUCAAUAACAAUUUUGCCAGAUGAUCUAGUUGAGAGAGAUGAGACAUUUUCCAUCGGCUUGACAACCUCCCAAAAAGACGGUGCCAGUGGGAACAUUGUCAUUGGAAGAGACGUGGCUCAGAUCACCAUCGAUGACUUAGAUACUGCUGUGAUUGAGAUAGUAGGUAUGAACGAUGUGGUUCGAGAGGGGGAGGGCAAUGCUCGGUUCAAUAUCAGACUGCUCUCUGGUGAACUAGGGAUACCAGUGGAUCUAGUGUACUCUACUUACAACAUUAACGCUACAGGUGGAGAAGAUUAUGUGGCUGUAUUAAAUGAGCCAGCCACACUUUCUUCACUAUCACCAAGCUUCGAAGGACUCAUUGUAGUCAAUGACGAUAGAGUGUUUGAGGGUGAAAUAAAUGAGAGGUUUGGAGUGCAGCUGUCUCUGUUGUCUGGAGUUCCUGACAGAGUCAUCAUCGAAACAUCUGUUCUGGAAAUUCAGAUUGAAGACAAUGAACCAAAACCAGUUCCAACUUGUGGACAGUUACCUGAGCUUGUCAAUGGAGCUCUAUCUUUAUCCAGUGGUGUCAAUGAAGGAAGUGUGGCAACGUACACCUGUGACACAGGGUUCAAUCUGAUUGGAUCAGCCACUCGUACUUGUACCAGUGAUGAAGGAUGGACUCCAGCAGUACCAGUCUGUCUCAGAAUAAUCGACUGUGGUCGCCUCCUAUCACCCUCCAAUGGCAAUGUGGCAACACCCUCUGGCACCACAGUCGGUAAUGUGGCCCUCUACUCAUGUGAUAAUGGACUGCUUUUAACCGGCCCUUCUGUUCGGGUCUGUGGAAACAAUGAACUGUGGACUCCAGACGCACCCACCUGCGAAGAGUAUCCGAUUGUUUUUUGCCCCGACACGAACGGUAUAGUGAUAUUACCGACGGUAGUUGCACCUAUUAACUGCAUUGAGGGAGAUUUGCGGCUUGUGAAUGGUGAAAAUGAGCUGGAAGGUCGUGUGGAGGUAUGCUUUUAUGGAAUAUGGGGAACGGUUUGUGACGAUUCUUGGGACAUUCCGGAUGCUACAGUUGUGUGCAACCAGUUGGGUCACUCUGUUGAAGGUGCCGAAGCAUUUGGCCGAGCCAUGUUCGGGGAGGGGGAGGGGUUUAUCCUACUGAACGGUGUGAAUUGCACCGGGAAUGAGGAGAGACUGGAAAACUGCGGUAGUAGCGACUACGUGGCCCACAACUGUACUCAUGGUGAAGAUGCUGGAGUGAGGUGUAUGGCACUCAGAGGCCUGGUUGUUACUCAACCAGUGAGGUUGCCCCUGGACCUUCGACUGAUCACCGAGAACCUCAUCGCCCCUACAGAUGACUUCGAGUACUUAUGUCUUGUGAAUGGAGUUAAUCUGACAGCUCAGUAUGAGAACGAGAACACCAUCCUGUGUAUAGUGGGCAGUGGGAAUCUCACACUUUCUGCUGGGGUUGGUAGUUCCCUCGCGGUUGUCAUGGUUGUCAUGGUGAUCUGGCCUGUGAAUAAUGUCAACAACACACUCAGCAGCACUGUGCCACUAACUGAAGUGACGUUGUAUGAUUGUCGUAAUUUGGCCAGUGGAUGUUUAGAAUGUAUUGCGGCCGGAAUUGGACUAGAGUUCCCAUGUGGGUGGUGUGGGGGUAGUUGUGAAGUCAUGCAAGAGUGCUCUAAUAGUUUCAUUACUGAGGGGGACAAUUGUCCUGCCCCUGUCAUCAACUCAUUCACUCCAAUGUCUGGACCAGUUCAGGGUGGUACAGAAAUCACUGUGAACGGCACUGAUCUCGGAGUAACCUUCGCCGACAUUCAGAGCUCCAAUCUUACAUUAGGGGGUGUGACCUGCUCUCCUAUCAACACUGGCUACAAGAUAGGGUGCCAAUUUGUCUGUAUGACCACCAAUUUAAGAACUGAAGGGCCCAAAAACUUCUCUCUAACGAUUGGCUCUAGAGAAGCCAUCGUAAACGCUGGCUCGUUUACUGCAGUGUAUCCUACUGUCAAUAGUGUAACGCCGACUUUUGGACCUAUGGCCGGGGGGACCAUAGUGGCUGUGAGUGGGACUGGACUGGACGUGGGUAACCAGGAGGACACAAGAGUCUCUCUAAACAUCAGUGGGUCAAGCUAUGUCUGCAAUGUAUUGUUACGAUCUAUCCAGUCUCAUGAGAUUCGUUGCACUACCACAGAAGCAAACUUCACCUCUAAUGCAAUGCUGGUGGUGAGCAUUGAUGCUGCCACAAUCAGCAAUCCUGGACUAGUCUUCAGUUAUCUUGACAACCCCAAUGUGAUUAAUGUAUUUCCUAGCAACACGAUUUCCAGCGGAGGCAUCAUGCUAACCUUUACUGGACUGAACUUUGAUGUGGUACAACAGCCUGUGUUAGAGGUCUACCAGCCAUUUGAGGCUCCUCUGAGGAGCAACUGUAGUCUUGGAAAUGGUACCAUCUGCAGCGCUGUGAACAUUACCACUAUCACAUGCUCCACUCCCAACGUGUCAGGGAUCUCCCUGAACUACGCUCUAUUGUUUGAUGAUGUUCCACCCACCACACAAGCGUGCUUUCCCAUCAGUGUCCAAUCAGAUCCCUCCAACUUCAGACUGGAGACCUCUGAAGAGGUCAUCACUGGCACAGUGAACUUCCUACGUAUUGUGGGUGAUAAUCUUGACUCAGUGGAGACCAGUGAGAUACGAGUGACCGUGGGAGGGGAAGAGUGUGUCCUAACACCCAGUGAGAGAAGGAGUGUCAUCAUCUGUACUGCCCCCUUCAAGCCUCCAGGAGGGGGAAACACAUCCAUCAUAAAUGUGACCGUUGGAAGCAACAUCGCUCAAGAACUGCAUAAGCGACUGACUUACAAAGUUCCUGUGGCAGCGGUAAUUCUUCCUGUGACUGAUAGAGUUCCUCUGCAGGAGAUUAUUAUCUCAUUAAGUGCAAUCAUCUUUUUACUGGUCGUGUGUGUACUGAUAGUUUUCAUCUGCUUGUAUCUAAACUACCGAAAAAAGAAGUCAGUGUCAAUUAAAAUGCACCAACAAAACAUGGAGCUCGUGGCUACUGGGAGAUAUCAAGAGAUAGUGGAUGGCAAUACUGCACUCGUUAAAUCAGAACUCAAUAAGAUUGCUGAGUCCAUCCCAGACUCAUUCAAAAUACCAUCCUCAACAUUGAAGCUCUCCAGUAAUACAAUUGGACAAGGUGAAUUUGGCAUUGUGUACAAGGGCGUCCUGAUAGACUGGAACAAUGUACCUAUGCAGGGAGUGGCCGUGAAGACAUUAAAAGGCCUGUUCUCGUUGUCGGAUGUUCAGAGCAUGGUGUGUGAGGUGAAUAAGAUGCAAGACCUCCACCAUCCUCACGUUAUGUCCUUGAUCGGGGUCUGCCUCGAUGCUGGCCCCGGUAUUGCCAUAGUGAUGCCAUAUAUGGCAAACGGGAGCCUCUUCGACUACCUCAAGAAAGAGAGGGACAUCCUUGAGCUGGACGAUGACUGUGAGAUUGAUCAGAUUCUGGCAGUGAGGAAACUGCUAUUAAAAAUGUGCCAUCAAAUUGCACUGGGAAUGGCCUACUUGGCCGAGCAGAAGUUUGUCCAUCGAGAUCUUGCAGCCAGAAACUGCAUGCUGGACUCGGGAGGGGGUAUCAGGGUGGGGGACUUUGGUCUGGCUGAGGACAUCUAUGCUAGCGGCUACUUCAGACAAAACAACCGAGCCAAUGUGAAGGUCCCCUACAAAUGGAUGGCCUUGGAAAGUCUCAACGAUGCCAUCUUCACAGAGAAAACUGAUGUGUGGUCGUAUGGUGUGACUGUGUGGGAGAUAUUCAAUGGAGGACGGUGCCCCUACCCUGCCGUAGACCCACUGUCCCUCAUCCAGCUGCUGGAGGAAGGGAGGAGACUCGAGAGAUCUCUAAACGCAGCCUGUGCCACUGAGAUUUAUGUUGUGAUGCGUAAGUGUUGGAGGGAGGACCCAGAGGAGAGGCCAACCUUUUCACAACUGUCCUCCAUUGUGGAGAGGCUACUGACAGCCAUCGCUGACUAUACUGAGCUCGGUAUGGUUCUAGUAGACACUAGUCAAGAGGAAGAGCAGCUCAUCCCUCAUCACUAUGGUAACCUUCCGUCAGCUGACCCUCUAACAACUGAGAAGAGUGCCUACUGCCUCGGGGAGGACAGUCAAGAGAAAGAGAAGCUCAAUAAUGUGCCCACGAUGAUGCCCACUGGUGAAGUCCCUCAUCACUAUGAUGACCUUCCAUCAGUAACUGAGAACAGUGUUGUGGGAAAGAAAUGACUAUACCGUGACAACAGACAAUUAAAUUACUGGCUGUCCUUAUUGCAAGUGUUUCAAAUUAAAUGAAAGCACAGCGGGUGCUGAUGCCAAAGCUACAUAACAUAAAACUACUAAUAGCUAGCUUUUAUACACUUAUAAUUAUCAUGAUGAACAUUUUUAAUUUUGC